CUUGAAGCUUUGUUUUACCAGCGCAGAAUAUGCCCAUGAGAUCUUAUCGCCGAUUAUGCAGCCCUUUCGUAUUCCUCAUGCCGUUAGGACAUUGGACAGCCGAGAUGAGGGCGAAGAUUCGCCUCGAAAUCUCUGCCGUUGGACGAUAUCGAAACGUUUCGAUCUUUAACCCGAAGUGCUCUCAAAUUAGAUUGUUAACCUGCAACUGUUAUUCAAAUUCUCUCUGUAGCUCUGUAAGGCGCGUUUGUGUUUUUGAAAUUGCGAAUUCUCUUCGCCUUCAGAAGCUUCGGCAGUUCAAUUCUCUCUGUGUUUUUGUGGUUUGAUAAAGGGUGAGUUUUAUCUCUGUAAAAGUUUAAUUCGAGCCAAAAUCAGGGAAGAUCAUGUACGUGAAUUGUCAGAAUCGUCGGAAGAGGAAACGGGGAGAGAAGCUGUUCGAUUUCCAGACAUUUGGUGAUCCAGGCUGCCCCGCGGAUUAUGACUUGCCUUUCAGAGACAACAUUCGUGUUUUCCUGGAGGAAUGCGCGGAGAGAGAGCCUUACAAUAUUGAUGGUAAUCCCGCCUGGAUCGUUCUUUUGCAGGGAGAAACACAAAGUGCCAUCAUUCCGCUUCAUGUUGUCGAAGAGAAUGCGCUCAAUUCGCCAAACCCCCACUGCGACCAGUGCCGUUGUGUUGGUUGGAGUCAUCAUUUAGUCUCGAAACGACGGUAUCAUUUUCUCAUUGCCGCGCCAGAAAUCGCAGAGCGGCCGCUUGGAUUAGCUGCUGCAAUGGUUGGAACAAGGGUUUGCCCCAAUUGCCACGAUCGUGUCUCUAACAUCUCCAGCUGUUUAACAUGCGGUGAGAAGGUGGUGCAAGGUAGAACUCUGGAUCUGCACACUCAUCUCUUGCACGGUGUGAUCCAUGGCAAUGGCUUUGGGCACCUUCUGUGCAUCAAUGGUCGAGAAAAGGGUUCAAAGUAUGCCUCUGGAAGGCACAUUAUGGAUUUCUGGGACAGAAUGUGCUCUAUGUUGCGAGCAAGGAAGGUUAGCGUGGAAGAUUUGGCGAAGAAGAGAAGUAUGGCAUUCAGGCUGCUCAAUUGCGCUGCGUAUGGACAAUCGUGGUAUGGACGAUGGGGUUAUGUAUUCGGACACGGGAGCUUCGGGGUGACUCCACAAAUGUACAGUAAAGCCAUCGAGGCUGUUCGUGGAAUUCCUUUGAAAGUGAUGAUGCAACACUUUCAAGGGGUUGAUACUCAAGUGCUCGAGAUCGUACAUGAGUACCAAAGAAUAAGCAGACAGGAACUGCAGACAGUAGGAGAUCUGUUCCGCUACAUGUUGGAGCUCAAGGCCCGUCUUCCUCUGCAGUCAUCGCCCUCCACCAGCGGCAGCACCACCAUGACCAGCGAUAAUGGUUCCACGAAGUCGUUCACAGAAAGAAAUGCCCUUAAUUCCAACCACAUAGCUGCCUAUACGCAGUGCCGAUGGUCCGUGAAGAGACUCGAGCUUGCGGCCCAGGUGGUAGUGGACGCUCUGAGGAACUGCAGUAAGGACAAGAUGUCGCGGCAGGACGUGAGAGACGUGGCCAGACUACACAUCGGAGAUACAGGCCUCUUGGAUUUCGUGCUCAAGUCUCUGGGCAACCGUAUCGUGGGCGAUUCUAUCGUUCGCAGGGCCGUCAAUCCGGCGACCAAAAUUCUGGAAUACAGUCUGGAAGAUGUCAAUAAGGUAGAGUCGGUGGACCAUUUUGGGUGUGGCGUAGAGGAUCCCCUGUGGCAGGUGCGGAGGACGGAAGUUGAGAGAGACAUCUUUUAUCUGUAUAAGCACGUUCUAGAGAACUACAAGCCCGCCAGAAAAGGAUUCAAGACUGUUAGUAACGGCACUAACAGCAACAUUCUGAUGGCCAUUCCCACGGCGACGAAGAUAAUUCUGGACACGAAGCAGUUCAUCAAGGAUUACAAGGGCGAGAUGACACGCAAGGGUGCUCACAACGAGUGGGCAAUUGACGAGGACGAGAUGCUGAGAGUGCUGUGCAAUGUGGUAGUGAUGAACAAAGAGAAGAACAAUCACAUGUCCAUGGACAUGUCGAUGACUAACCGUCCUCUGCCUCCAGCUGAGAUGGUAGUUCUGCCCCCCCACGCCACCAUUGGAGAGCUCAAGGAGGAGGCCCAGCGAGCCCUCAGGGACACCUACAUUGUCACUGAGAAUUUGGUGGUGGAAGGCAUCCUGGACCUGCAGGGCGACGACGACGAUCUGCUUUUUGGGACCUUAGAGUCCGGCUCUACUGUCAUGGUUCAAGGCACUGGCAUCGAUGUUUCGAGUGAUUUGCGUUACGAAGGUGGUGCCGACGAUUGGACUGUGGACUGCCCCUGUGGCGCCAAAGAUGAUGACGGCGAACGCAUGAUUGCAUGUGAUAUGUGCGAGGUGUGGCAGCACACUCGUUGCGCUGGCAUUUGCGAUGCAGAUGCUGUUCCUCAGCUCUUUCUCUGCAACCGCUGCGGAAUGGGCUUGUACCAAGCUAUUCUUUGAUCAAUGUUGCCAUUCAUUAAUACCCAUCAUCAGUAUCUUCUUGAUACCCUCUUUUGCUUUUCUUAAUUCAUCUCUGUACAUGUACAACAGCAACAGUAAGCAUGCUCAUAUGAGGUUAGAGAUUCUUCAGUCUGAGUUGUAUUUUGUUUAAACAGUCCGAGAUUACCAAUACCCACACUGGCGUACAUUGUAAAAUUCAAUUGUCAUUCAUUAGUGUUACAAUAAAUUUUCCCAACAUUCUGACUUUUAA